CCCCCAUUUAGGGAAAAAAAAUCCCUGUUACACCGUGCCAACCGUAAUCGGACUUCUGUUUCAAGUUCUUGGAUGUAUGAUUUCUUUGUUUAGUAUCCAGGAAAGCUGGUGAAGGCAAAGCCUUGCUCGUCUCCAUGACUUUCUAGAGUUAUAAAGGCACUGUGCUAUAAUACAUGCUAUUUUACUGGUGCUUUGGGGAGUAAUAAAAUAAGUACAUGAAAUGGUUUUGCAAUUUAAAACUGCUAUAUGGAAUAUGAUGGUUUUCUUCAGUUAUCUUUUGAGCUAACAGUUAGCUGUUCCUUCUUUUCCAGAUGAGUUGAUUUGUGCGGAACUGGCAAGAUGGCUUCUGCAAAUACCACAAGUAGCAAAAACACGUACGGUGUUAAUAGAGGCUUGUAUAAUGAAGAGAGGAAUUUGCUCCGCAUCCAAGCAAAAGAGAGGAGGAACCAAGAAGCACACCAGGAGAGAGAAACUUUUACUGCAGAUAUUCCUCUCUUUGGAGAACCUUACAAGAUUAACAAAGCAGAUGAAUUGUCCAGUCGAAUUCAGAGAAUGUUUGGCAAUUAUGAAGAGAUGAAGGAGCUCAUCACCACCAAGUCCCAGCAGAAUUUCAUUGGGAUCCCUAACAGCGUCAUGUCUCUGAUCCCUCAGCGCAAGCCGGACCGCCCACUCUAUCCCGAAAAGACUGGCAGCAUUUUACCCUCCCCAUUCCAGAACAGUAGCCAUCCCAAUAAGUCCACGGGACCCCUCACUUUGGGGGCUCCCUCUGCAGGCCACUCUCUGCACUACCAAAAAGCUCACUUGCGCAUGGAACCAUCCUUUCAAAGCAGUGGAUCAUGCAGCAGCCAGAGGCAAAGCCAAGAGCAGAGCUGCAAGAAUCUAGAAGUCCAGAGUAGCAGGCGGCAGCAGAAGAAUGAAAGAUGCAUUGAAGAAGACAUUGCACACGAGGUGCAAGCCUCCCUUCUGGAACUUUCUCCCUUACUUACCACAUUGUCUUCCCCCAUAGCACCUCUGUCACCUUUACAUUCCAGCCAGCAUGUCAAUUCCAGGUCUCGCAGUGGCAGCAACAACAAAAACCACAGACAGAAAAGCUCCCCGUCUCGGGAGCUGGCAGCUGGAACAUGUGAUAAUGAAACUCAGGACAGCCUGAAUGCUGCAGGAGCUGUCCCUGGCCACACUUCCACUCAGGCAUUUCCCUCAUCCUUACCUUCCAAACCUAGUGCAAUACAGAAGCCGACUGCCUAUGUCAGGCCAAUGGAUGGUCAAGAUCAGGCACCAGAUGAGUCACCAGAACUCAAGCCACCUCCUGAGGAGUUCCAUGAAUCAUCCUAUGGGAAAGUAACAGAUCAAAAAGCAAAUGUCAAGAUCAAUCUGCCCAAAUUGAAAAUACACACUGAACCAAUGGAGCAAUCUUUCUCCAAUGAAGUCCAUUGUGUUGAAGAAAUUUUAAAGGAAAUGACCCAUUCAUGGCCACCUCCUUUGACAGCCAUUCAUACUCCUAGCACAGCUGAGCCAUCCAAGUUUCCUUUUCCUGCAAAGGAAACCCAGCAUGCUGGAUCAGUAAUACAGAGCCAGAAGCAGUAUGACGCACCUUCUAAGACGGUGUCUAUUUCUCAGGAAGGAAGAUCAACUCUUCACGAUGAUCUUCAGGUCAGCAAUAGUGAAGAUGAUAACGACGAUGACGAUGAUGACCAAGUUUCCGAUAAGCCAUCUUCCUCAUCAACUCCUCCAAGUGCCCCUCUUUCACAGCCCGAGAGUGUGGCAUUGGCUCAUUCCAGCAGUCCGGAGUCUGGGAGCACAAGCGACUCAGACAGUUCUUCUGACUCAGAGAGCGAGAGCAGUUCUAGCGAUAGUGAAGCAAACGAUCCCCCAGCGAGAGCCUCCACGCCUGAGCCUGAUCCACAGACAUCCAACCGGUGGUUGCUGAAACACUUUCUGAAACCCAGUGAGAGUUUCCUUGAGGAUGAUCGUAGCAGAGGGAAUCUCCAGGAGGGCAAAGAGCAAGGGAAGACUUUCAGUGGUAGCAGUGACAGCAGCAGCAAACGAGAUUGCCCGCAGCCGGCAGAGGGUCACUCCAAAACUGCCAGCAAAGCACCUCGGUCGGCCCAGGAGGUACACUUGCCUGCCAAGCGGAGCUGCCAGAAGUCUCCUGUGCAUGUGGAGGAGCCCUCUCAUAAGACAGUAGGCAAUAAACAGCCCAGGAAGUCCAGCAAAACCACGGUGCAAGAAGAACCGAAGAGAGGCCUAACCGUAGAAAGUGAACCACCUGGCCCCUAUGGGGCAAGGGAUCAGUCUUCCAAAGACAAGCCCAAGGUGAAAACGAAAGUGAGGCCAAAGUCUGACAAUAAGAAAGAACUAAAGCCCACUGUGUUGGAGCCCUUUGAAAAGAAAAAGCACAAGAAUUUGCACCAGAGCACCGUUAAAGCAUAUUUGGACCGUGAUGCUGCAAAAGACAAUGCCCUGGAACAGCUCCCCCUCAGUCCUCUGAGUCAAAGCCCCAGAGUUUCUGCCACCAGCAGACCAAGCAGUCCCAAAGUGUCUGUGGUAGUCAGAGAAGACCUUCAUAGGGACAAGCUUCCUCUUCCGAACAGGGACAAGAAGUUGCUGUCACCCUUGAGGGACUGCUCGGUCCCCCCGGCACUUGUGGUUAAAAUUGAGCUUGCUCUUCUCUCCCGGAUCCCACAGCCACCGAGAAAAGGGGCCUGCCCCAAAAGAUCAGACAUCAGAGAGAGCCACAGUAUGCAUAAGCAUGAGGCCGAGAAGAGGAGCACAGAUGCUCCAGGCAAGUCCCUCAAAAAGAGGAAGGAAGACACUUUGAGAAAUGAUCAGAAAAAAGUCAAACUGGAUAAAGAAACCAAAUCAUCCUCAUCAUCAGGCCAUAAAGAUAGCAGUAAAAACAAAAUUUCAAAGCUGUCAGGGGAGUCACAAAGGAAAGAGAUGCCACUGCCGCCGCCACCAUUGUCCCCUGCGCAUCCCACGCAGAAGCCAGCCAAGACAGCUCAGAAGAGGCCAAAGAGCGAUGGUGGCCCCUGCGGCCACCCCCCUGGCCCCAGUAGCAGCACUGCCAAGAGCAAGGAGAGCCACAAGGAUUCUUCAUCCUCCAAGCACAGGAAACUGGAGGGGAAGCCUUCAGAAAGCUCAAAAGACAACAAAGGAUCUGUAGAGGAUGUUCCAAACCCUUUCCCAGUGCCUUCUUUGCCAAAUGGUACCUCCAAGCCAACGAAACCUCAAAGCAAACCUCACAAACAACAUCCAGCCGAAUUUCACUUAAAGGAGGCCAAAAGGCUGAAGCACAAAGCUGAUGCAAUGUCAGACAAAGUUGGAAAGGCCUUCAGAUACUUGGACGCUGCCCUGUCCUUCAUUGAGUGCGGCAUCGCAAUGGAAUCCGAUCCUUUCCCGCCAAAGCCUGCGUAUACCAUGUUCGCAGAGACCAUAGACCUCAUCAAAUUCAUAAUGUCAUUAAAAUCCUUUGCGGACUCCUCUACGACCACAUCUGAAAAAAUCUUCCUUGUGUUUUGCAUGCGCUGCCAAGCCAUUCUGUAUAUGGCAAUGUUUCGCUACAAAAAGGACACAGCAAUAAAGUAUUCCCGGACCCUUAAUGAACACUUCAAGAGUUCUUCUAGAAUCACACAAGCACCUUCACCGUGUGUAGCAAGGAGCACAGGGACACCUUCUCCUCUCUCCCCGAUGCCCUCUCCAGCAGGCUCCGUCAGCUCCCAGACCGGCUCUAGCGCCAGCAGCUGUGGAAGCGGCAGCAUCGGUUCUUCGGUCAACGUUCCCCAUUUUAUCCCGACCAUCACCUCUUCCUUUGUCAACAUCACUUCAUACUUUCUCUAUGCCUACGAUCUCUGGGAACAAGCUGAUGUCUUGGCCAGGAAGAAUAAGAAAUUCUUUUCCGAGCUCAAUGCUGCCUGCUUCUCUCUUUCGCUGAACAGCAGCAUGGCCGAACUGGUAUGCUACACUCGCCAGGGUUUGCAGUGGCUGAGACUGGAACCAAAUACGCCUUAACUGGUGCAUCAGGGCAAGCAUCUUGCCUUGGACUCCCUUGCACUUUGAACGCCCCAGAAACAGCCUUGUCGGCUGGCAGGUUGGAUACAAACGAAAAAAAGCACCUAGAACAAAUUAGAAUGAUGUGCGAUGGACAGGGUCUGGUGCCACUGGAAACGUUAAGGACUACAUUUCGAUGGUGCCAAUGGGCCACCUGGAAGCGAAGAAGUGGACAAGAGGCCUCAGAGUGGAGGAUGCCUUUCUUUCUUCCUUUCAAAGGACAAAGUGCAAUUUUUUCCAUUUAUUCUUUUUUUUUUCUGUUGUGGUUUCAUUGUGUCAGUGGUCUAUGAACAUUUCUAUCAACAAAUAACCAGCAAGACAACAACAACGACAACAAUCAGCGCAGAUGAAGAAGUGCCAGUGAGAAGCAAAUCCACCUCCCAAAGAAUUUUGUGCAGCACCUCAAACAGAGCAGAGAUGCCUGUGGGCCCAGAAUAGGGUUCAGAUGCAAUGUUUGUGAAGUGCAAACCGCAGGUGCAAUUUGUAGCAUGUGUGCUUGUUCCUGGAGGGUGGAACGGGCGGAGUUGGGGGCUCAUGAGGUGCAUGACUCAACCUUCUCUUGCCAAACGCUCUUGCUGCCUCUCCACAUCCCACUGGUAGCCAUUAGUUGCACUACUGACCCUCCCUCUCGGAGUGGCUUGAGGCCACAGCAGGCCCGACAAGCUGCUCUGCCGGCCCUCCCAGGCCCUGCCCCGCCCCUCCCCUCCUCCAUUGUCCCUGCUGCCUCUGGCAGUGACCAGCCCAAGCUGCCGUGUGAUACUGUGCCUGCGUGGUGGUGCUGACAAUCUCCGGAAGGGAAAGGGAAGUGGGCCUCGCUGCCAGAAGCCGCCACAAGCAGCGGACGCACGGCGGAGGUGCUGCAGGCUCCCGCCCCGUGAGCCGCCCGGCCGGGGUGCGGGCCGGCUCGCCUCCCAGCAUGGUUAAGCAAUGCUGCACUAAUACAUUGAACUGGAAUUGCCUGCGGCGGCUGUGCACAGGGAAGGGGUGAGUCUCUGCACUAGGAGCAGCUUCCAAGGAUUCUCUGGCUUUCUAUGUAUGGAGAAGAGGGGCCGUGCAGCGGGAAGGGUUUGUUCAGGCUGUGUGAAGACUAUUUUCCGUUUGGGAGCCUUAAAAUGGGAGGGAUUCAGCAGCACACCAUUCCAUUUCGCCACCUCUGAACUGAUGGCUCAGUUCCUGCUUCUGGCUGUUGGUGCCAGCAUUCCACGUAUGUUGACAGAUUGUACACCUGCCCAUAGCAUUCGGCACAGUCCCGUUCUUUUAAAAGCAAGGGAUCAUGACAUGUUUGGUGUACGAAUCCCGGUUAAUGGGGGUGCCUUCAGGGUGGCCUCCUGCUGAACCUCCCCUGGGCCCCAAUCCGUUCAAAUACAUCGAAGACCCCGCUUUCCUGCCCUUCUCUCAGUGGUGCCUUAACUCUCCCAUUUGCUUCUGUCAACCUCUGACUCCAAGGUAGACCAGUGGGAAUAUUUUCCAGGUACAUGGUCCUUCAGCGUGGUGUUAGGUUUUCCUUUCCAUAUGACUCCCCAGUGCCUAAGCUAAUCAUUCCUAUCUGUUUGUCCCGUAAAAACAUGGUAAUCUUCAGUGUAGGGUGUAAGCAGUAUUCUUGUUUGAAUGGACCUGUUGUGCACUUGCAUACCUGUUUGCUAAAAUGUCACUAAAUUGUAAGGCCCCUGAAUUUCCCUGAGGCGUUCACUGGCAGGGUAUGUUUCUGAGGCACCUUCUGUGCAAAUUUGGCUCAUCUGCAAACACACCCCUGAAAAAGGACGGCACAAGGAAGGUUCUGCCACGGUCCAUCUCAGAGAAGCUUCUUGGGGGAAAGUGACUGAUCCCUGAAGUGGCUAAGCCCACUGUCUCCCAUAUUCUCCUCCUACAGCGUACACAUGCCCACACACACACAGAGUCACUUGAGGUUGAACUAGACAUGUGGGGAGAGCCUGGAUUCCCACUGGGUUCCCCAUUUGAACCAGCAGGCAGGAUAAAGGACGCUUUCCCCCUGUGACGCAGUGCAGGUGGAGCUGCAGGAAGAGGAGGAGUGGACGAGCGCCCACACUCGCUUAGCAGUGCCCUGCUUUGCUUUGUAGACCGGGCAUCCAGCAGCCAAGGGCUUCCCUUGAAUGCUUUGCUCCAUCCUUAGUUAGCAAGAUGUGCUGGAUACAAAUUACAACCCCGGUUUCAGAAGCAAAGCCAACAAAUGUACCUCUCAGGAAUAGAGAAAAGCAAAUCAAAACGUUGGACCUUCCAUGCCAUUGCAUCCGUGUCUGUCUUUUCCUAGUGAAGGUUGCAGUGUAAGUGUAGGGUAUUUACUCCCAGGGGUCUUACAGAGACUUGGCAGUGUCUGACCUUUUCCUCUUGCUUCUCAGCUGGGCCUAAGAGCCCCCCACAGCCCCCUUUAUCUCCCUUUUGCAAGUUGUGUUCCCCUCUUCUGUCUGUGAGCUGACUGCGGUAGUUUCAGGAUACGCUUCUUGUUCCUCCAACCUCCUGCACCCCUGAAUAGCACCGGAAUCACACAGCCCCGUGCUGUUUGUUCACUUUAUCGCUGCCUCGGCUCUUUCAAAUGACACCCUGGAGUUAAGAAGACCCUGCUGUCAAGGGAUCCGCCUUAACCUGCUUGUUGAGCACUUUAUCCAAGGGAUAGCAAAAAUCUGUUCCACUCCCUGCCCUGCCUGUUCGCCUGCUUCAGAAUGAUCAGUGAGAGUCUCUGCGUCAAGAAAGAAACCAGUUAAUGCAUUUAUGCUGCUGAUUUUAUAUGACUGUGGGUAAUGCAAAAAGGAACAGCACCCAGAUUUCAGAGCAAGGGCUUCUUUUCUCCCUGAACAAAAAAAGUUUCAAUUCUGGUUUAAUCUAGGAGGGCUGUAAGGCCUCUUCUAAGCCCAAAUGGGAGCAAAGCUUCCUUCUUAAUUUCCACAGAAGAUGGUUCUUUAACCCAGCCUGCUGUUGCACAUGCUGUAGUUUCUUUUAGUUGAUGCGCAGUUGCAAAGAGGCAGCUGACCUGUAGGGAUCACAUUAGGAACAUUAUGUCCUCUUCUGACCUUUUUUAAAAAAAAAUCUCUAUAUGAAAGAAAGACCAACUGAAUGAAUAAUCAGAGAACAGUGAUCAAUGGAUUGUCGUUUCAUCUUCUUUCUAGACCUUGGUACCCCAGACCCCAGUGGAAUUCCCGUUGAACUCAACAGGGCCUGGGGCCCAGCUUUCUUUGUAAGGAGCAAAAAAUGUUUGCCAUUUUAAACACAGGUCAAUGGAGCUGCACACUCAAAGCAGCCUCCUUUCCCAGAAGAUAUUUAUUUAGAAUUAUAAUUAAUGUAUUUAAAUGUUCUGUAUGUCUAAGAUACCAUUAUUUAAUAAUUUGCAAGUUCCAUUGACACUGGAGAUGUGGACUGAAAGAGCGACGACCAUUUUAUUUUCCAAGGGCAAUUUCUCUUCUUUCCCUGCCCUCCCCCUUUCCAUCUUGUUGCCUUGGUUUCUUUAUAAAAAUCUGUACAUUUAAAUUUAUUAUGGGGUGAUGUGUCUCCAUCUUGUAAAUAACUUUUCUGCCCUGUAUAUUGGUGGUACUUGCAGGUUGAUUUGUUUAAUUCAUGUGGGGUAAUAAAAUAUCGAAUGCAAUGAGAA